AUGCAGAAACGGGAGGAAAAAGAUAGGGAAAGGGACAAGGAGGUUCGAGAGGAUAAACGCGCUUCUAAAUCCAGCGCGGGAACAAGAGGGAACAUGCACUCCUCUCGACAUAGUAUAUUUUCAUCUUCGGGGGUAUUAAUGGUUGGACCGAAUUUUCGUGUUGGUAAAAAAAUCGGCUGCGGAAAUUUUGGAGAACUCAGACUUGGUAAGGAAAUUUUUCUUUUUUUUUUUUUUUUAAAUUAUCGGUACAAAUCCGGGUGUUCACCAUAUAUCUAG